AUACUGGAGUAAAAACACGGUAUUUUAUGGGUAAUUACGAUAAUUGGGUAAAAUCGGCCCAGAAAUAACCCACUACAUAAUCUGGAUAUGAUCACAGAGAAACUUCCAGAGCUGUCUAACCAGCCUUACAGUAAAAAUAAAAAGGGGGAAUGGAGGUGUGUCGGAAUAUCUGACGCAGCCACUACAAAAAAGUACAAAUAUUCCAAAGUCCACCAUUUAGGUUUGAAAUCUGUAUGCCGAUUAAUUCUCUGAAACUGACCACAUCGUAUGGUGUCCACAUUUUCCCUGUUAAUCGUCUAAAUACGGUGAUUUUACCAGAACUAAUGAAAUGGCCUUGUUCCAAAUGGAGUUCUCCGUGAUGCCGAAGUAGUUGGUCUGUGGGCUGGUUGUAGCCCGCAGUGCGGACCUGCAGGCCGGCUAACAGGCAGGAGCACCUGUGGCUGCCCGGAUGGAGGAUAUUAUGCUGCGUUCCAGGCAACCCGUAACUCGGAAAUUUCCCAGUUGAAAUCUCCGAGUUCCGACCUGAAAGCGUUCCAGGCAAAUUACUACUUCGGUUUGAGUGCAAGGAAUUCUGGUAAGUAAACAAACCAACAUGGCAGACAUUAUAAGAUUUAUGCUUAAUCAUUUCAAUCACCAAAGGAGCCUGCAACUUGCUCAUUUGAGUGAAACGGAGGAGGGGAAACGGCGCAUAAGGCAGUGAUGUGACGUCACAAGUCGUAACUCGGAGUACAUCGAUCUGGCACGAGCUCACGGGUGGGAAGUUAGGAGUUCGACUGCCGUUCCAGUGCACUUUCACGAGUUACAGAACCGAAGGACCCGGGCUCAGGUGGAGUCCCUGCUGGCGGCGGGUCAUCAUGACAGUCUGAAGAAGAGACUCUGCAGCAGAAUGAGUUUCGGCACGGCGGGACUCCGAGCGCCAAUGGGAGCCGGAUUCAACCGGAUCAACGACCUCACCGUCAUCCAGUCCACACAGGGUCUGUGUUCAUACCUGUCCAGGUAUUUUGCAGACUUCAGCAGCAGAGGGGUGGUGGUCGGCUUUGACACCAGAGGGCAGGAGGAGAGCGGCUGCAGCAGUGAGAGGUUGGCGAAGCUGACGGCAGCUGUGAUGCUCAGCAGAGAUGUUCCCGUUCACCUUUUCUCCUCCUAUGUCCCCACGCCGUAUGUGCCGUACGCCGUGAAGAAGCUGGGCGCGGCGGCCGGCGUCAUGAUCACAGCGUCUCACAACCCCAAAGAGGACAACGGAUACAAGGUUUACUGGUGUAAUGGUGCUCAAAUCUCUUCGCCUCAUGACAAGGAGAUCCUGCGGUGUAUCGAGGAGCAUCUGGAGCCAUGGAGCGCCACCUGCUGGAAGGAGGAGCUGGUGGAGAGCAGCUCUCUGAGGACUGACCCACUGAGCCGGAUCAACAGCUGUUAUAUGGACGAACUCACCUCCCUCUGCUACCACAGGGAUCUGAACCAAAGUUGUCCGUUGAAGUUCGUCCACUCAUCAUUCCACGGUGUCGGACACGACUUUGUCCAGCAGGCCUUCCUAACCUUCGGCUUUGCCCCCCCGAUCCCCGUCCCGGAGCAGAAGGACCCAGACCCUAACUUCUCUUCCGUCCGCUGCCCCAACCCUGAGGAGGGGGAGUCAGUGCUGGAACUCUCUCUUCUCCUGGCUGAGAGGGAAAACGCUCGGGUCGUCCUGGCAACAGAUCCUGAUGCUGACCGAUUAGCUGUGGCAGAGAAAUCGGACAGGUGUGGUUGGAAGGUGUUCACUGGUAACGAGCUUGCAGCUCUGUUGGGUUGGUGGAUGUUCUUUAAUUGGAAGGAGGCUCAUCCAGAUCCUGCAGACGCUCAGAAGGUUUACAUGUUGGCCACCACUGUGUCUUCCAAGAUCCUGCAGGCCUUCGCUCGCAUCGAGGGCUUCAACUUUGAGGAAACUCUUCCAGGGUUUAAAUGGAUCGGAAACAGAAUCCAUGAACUGUCCAAAACAGGAAACACCGUCAUAUUCGCCUUCGAAGAGUCGAUCGGUUUCCUGUGUGGCGGUCUGGUUCCUGAGAAGGAUGGCGUGAGUGCGGCAGUGGUCGUGGCUGAAAUGGCGGCGUAUCUCAACACCAAGGACCUGAGUCUGAGCCAACAACUCCUCAACAUCUACCAGACGUACGGUCAUCACCUGUCUAAAACCUCAUAUGUGGUCUGUAAUGACCCCCCCACCAUCCAGAAGAUCUUCAGCCGGAUCAGAAACUUUGACGGUGAAGGCUUGUACCCAAAGAAGUGUGGCGGCGUCCAGAUCGUCCACGUCAGAGACGUAACCUUAGGAUACGACAGCAGCCAGCCCGACCGCAGAUCGGUACUUCCUGUGACGAGGAGCAGUCACAUGAUCACCUUCAUGCUGCAGAACGGCGUUGUGGCCACACUGAGGACCAGUGGCACUGAACCCAAAAUAAAAUACUACACAGAGUACUGCGCGACGCCAGGCGCCAGUGAGGUGUCCCGCCUGGAGGAGGAGCUGAAGAAGAUCACCGCCGCUCUGCUGGAUGACUUCCUGGAGCCCGAGAGGAACAACCUGAUUCGCCGCAGUGUCUAACUCCGCCUCCCGUAGCUGUUCGCCUCCCAUCAGCCCACAGCUGUUUCCUGGUGAUGACAUCACAUCUUGUCUCUGCUGCCUCACCGUGUGCUUAAAGUGUAAACUAAAACUACUGUCGAUCAACACGCCGUGGCAGAUGUAGUGUCCAUCCUUCACUGAACAGCAAAGCAUGAUGGGUAAAACGUUCAGGGAUCCACGUUCAGAGCUGGGCGUGACCGCGCGCAGGAGCGUUAUUUCAUAGAGAUUGAAUCUAUUUAAGUUUGUUUCAACCAAAUGUUUACUUUCAGACAUGUAGGAAAAAAGGAUUUAUGGAAGUUCAUCAACGACAAAACAGACGUUGCCUACGGUGGCCUGCAGGGCCAACUUCCCUAUGAUACAUAAAGUUUUUAUUUUUGUGUUUUUAUUAAAACUAUCGUCCAGUGUUUUCAGUCUCAGAAGGACAUGGAGUCUGAGCAGAGUUUUAUUUUUACGCCUUAAAGCAGGUUGAACUGAAAGUCCACUGGUGGAUCAGCCCACUAUGAUAAGGUCACGUUAGCGCAUCUAAGACCACAGUCCAAGCGUACGCUUGGGCCAGACCUGACAAAAAUUCCUCAGUGCAUCCCUGAUCUAGACCAGUGGUUCUCAACUGGUGGGUCGGGACCCAAAAGUCAGUCGCAAAUUUGAUUUUGGAAAUAAAACCGCUUCAAGAAUGUCAACAAAACUUUCAAAACAAGCUUUGAUGUUAAACAUGAGGCUGGGAGGUCAAAGGUCAACAUGAAGCUGGGAGGUCAAAGGUCAACGUGAGGCUUGAGGUCAAAGGUCAGGAUGAGGCUGGAGAUGGGCUGGCUAGAUGUUUGACAGCUAGACCAUGAUACUGAUCAGUUUAAUUAUUUUUCACCAGCUCAGGCUCCUCCCAUUGUAAUGCAGCCUCCUGCCACUAGUAGCCGCUGUAGCUCUCAUUAGUGGCUGCUGCUCUAAUACUCUGUAGCUCGGUGUAAACUCUGAUUAAGUGUUUGCGCUGAUAGAAGCGGCGUGCUUUAGCUCUAUGUUAGAUCUGUAGAGUGAUAGCAGUGGGGUCUGUAGGUCGUCAGGUUAGACUCACCUUAAAGAGAGACCAGACUCAGAUCAGGACCGCUAACCUGGACAGACUGCUAGCAUUAGCCACAUUCUGUAGACCGGCUUCACAGUCAGCCUGCUGCUGCUGUUGGGGAUGAGAAUUGAUCAAUGCCAUUAUUGAUUCUUCUUAUAGAUUCCUAGCCGCUGUGCUCUUUUCUUCCCAGUCACGUCUGUCUGCCUCCUCAGAUCAGGUCUGAUAUGGUUACCGCAGUUAGAACCAGCACUGGUGCAAAAUUUAACCCUUAAAGUCUGAUACUCAAAUAACAGCCAAACAGUUCUCAUUUGUUGGAACUGAAAUGUUUAUUUUACCUUCUACUGAAACCCAAAAAGAAGUGUGUAAAUAUGAUACUGUAGGCUCUAAAGGGUUGAAGAGAAUCUUAAGUGUUUGUGUGGCGCUCCUAAGAAUGCCUAAACAAAGACAAAAACGAACGCCUCCAGACCGGGACUAUCAGGGGAAGGAUAGCCCUGGUCUGGAGCUCUCAGAGACCUUUACAGGGCUGAAGUCAACCAAGAACAUUCGACCAGAAUUUCACCCACACACCCAACUGACUAGUCGUACAGGUACAAAAAACACCUGAGCAUCAUACAGACUGUCCUCAGAUCACUGUUGUAUUUACUUAUAAUGAUCACUGUUAACAGAAUCACUUGAUCCAGUUCGUCCCAUCAUUUAUGGGAAUAUCUCAGACCGCUCACUGCUGGGUUAUGACCAGGAGAGACGGUCUUUCUCUCCUCUGCUUUCUGACACUAACGCUACAACAUUUAAUCUGAUGGUAAACGGAGUAGACCAUGUUUUUAUUUAUUUAUUUAUUUACUGACAGGUGAAUGACACGCUGACCUGCUCCUCCCUUUCAGUCAGCUGAUUGCUCCACUGUUUUAUUCUCACACACAACCAACCAACCGACAAACCAGAAUCUUGAUUGGAUGAGAGAAUACUGACCUAUGGAGUAAAAAGUCAGCCCCGACCUUUGACCUGCCGAACCUUACCAAUAGAAAGCUGGAUGAAAAUCUCUUGAGAGUUCAGAGGAGCCCAGAAACGCAACGGGGUUUCCGCCAACAUGGAGACAUGAAGAGCUUAUCAGCGACACUUAAUCAAAGAAGAAGAGCAUCUGAACUAAACCAGGGUUCUCUUUAUUUAUGCACUUUAACCUUUAAAUGCCAAAAAUGUUUCUGUCCUCUCAGACAGCAGAUUUUUUCUUUUUUUCCCCUUCGUUGUUUUUUGGGGGGCGCUCUCAGCUCUGAGGGACAAAAACAUUAAAAUAAGAUCAUCUUUUAUUAUCUGUAGUUUUCAGACAUUUUAUCAGCCAAAGAAUUUUUUAUUAAAAACAUGACAGACUGAUUUACUGACGUGCUUUCAGCUCAUGAAGGCCAGGUUUACAUCAGGACCUCCAAAGUCUGGUUCAUGUGAGCAUGAAGCCAAGCUUCCUGUGGAUCCUCUUUAAAGGGGGGUCUUGGGUCGAUUGUGUACUGAGGCGUGGAUCCCGCCGUGCUCAAGUAUGCCGUUCUUAUCAGAGAGUAGAGGUAUAAAGCCGACUGGAACGUCUCUGGAUUUCUUAAACCGUCAGGUCCUGUCAUCCUCUGAGGUGUAGGUCGAUGUAGGACACCAGUCCAUGAUGGCGUCUCUAAGUGAUAAAAGCAUCCACAGUAGCAGGAAGGCCUCCAUUGUUCACAUGGAGCAGAAACUGAUAGUUAAUGGAGUGGUUGCCAUGGUAGUCUCUUCCUCUUUCUUCUCAUUGGCUGAUUUUUAAACCAUUUACGUUCAUACCCCCACCUGCUGUACCAGGCCGAGAACAGAGACAGGUGUGCUGGAGCACAGAACCACGUCACUGAUGUGGAUCCAGAUCAUUAGGGUCGAGGUCUAAAACCUUCCUCGGUCUCUGAGGUUUCCUGGUUUUGUCUUUAAUAAACUUCCAUAAAAAGCAGGACUGUCCCUUUAACUAGCUCUUUCUUUUCUCUGUCUCGUGUUUUUGAUGUUGAGCUUUAUUUUUAUACUGUAAAAGAAACAAAGAUAUUUAUGUGAUGUUCAGGUUUUACACAAGCUGGAGAAGGAGCCGUGUGAUGCAUUCAGGGGUUGUAGUAAAUUCAUUAAAUGUUGAUGUUUGUUUAGUGGUUUGGAUGUAGACAUGGAGACUGCUGUUACUGUGAUUCCCUCAACAAUCAACCAAUAAAAACCUUGAAAAUG